CUUGAGACACGUUGACCACAACAAACGCGGAAUAUUUGAGCUUUGACCUUCAUGAUGUGUUCAAUCCCUGGCCUUCCAACACCUGGAUCAGAAGUACCUGUUCUCAUCACAAGGGUAAACCUAAAUCCCGCAUGCGGUCUGGUUGAGUUAUGGGUUAACAUGGAUGAUGGAAGGAAGCAUAUUUAUGAGCAGAUGAGAGAGGAAAUUCAGAUUCCCAAGAGAACCUUUUACGGAUCAGAAGGAAAACCAGGCGACCUCUGUCUGGUUUGCAUCAGUGACACCUGGCACAGAACUCGAAUUGUCACGAUUGAAAAUGAAACUUACAGUGUUUUUCUAAUUGACCAGGGACAGCCCCACACUGCGACAAGUGAAGCGCUAGCGUGGGGUAAGAGUGACAGUUUUCUCCUCCCUCCUGAAAUUGAAUCUUGCAUUCUUGCAAAUGUCCUCUCCCUCGAUAAUAACUGGCCUGAGAGAGCCACAACGUUUCUCAUGUCCCUGCCUGGGAAGAAGUUCAAGGGGUUAGUUCAGCACGUACUGAUGUCAGAUAGGAUUAUUCUCCUUGACAUACCAAUGGCUUCAAAGCAUAUGUGUAAAUUAGGAGUUGUAAAGAAGAUCCCAGUGGAUGAGUUUAAACAUCUUGUGCUGAAAUGUCUGCGUCUUCCGAAAGGAGGGGUUUCUGAGUCCUUCCACGUAGCAGAUGAGCAGAAUUUGCAUGCUAGCUGCCAACUUGCCAAACAAAAACACUAUUAUUACCCAGAGUUGUCAGCUGAUACCUUUGAAAGUGUCCUGGUGACAGAAGUAACCGAUCCACUCAAUAUCAUUUGCAAGCUCCUCAUUUUUUCCAAAGCGGUGAAGAUAUUGUCCGAACAGAUGCACCAACACUACGAGGCGAGCUCAGAUCUUGGAGAGGCACAGCCGCCGACCAGCGGGAAUCCCUGCGCCGCUAAAGGCACAAAUGGCAGAUGGCAUCGCUCGCUGCUAAGGCAAAACAUUGUGGACGGCGAUGGAGUCGUAGAAGUCUUUCAUGUGGAUGAAGGAAAAACUGAAUCGGUUCCCGCUAGACACAUCAAACCGCUGCUUGGAAAAUUCUUAAGGAUGCCCGUGGUCACAUAUUUCUGUUCUCUUAAAGGAAUAAGUGGCAGAGAGUGGACUGAAGAGGAGACUGAUUAUUUGAAAUCACAGCUUCUGGACAAGACAGUGGUGGCAAAGUUUGACCACUACGGUAUAACUCAAAACGUCUACUUUGUCACUCUUUAUGGCGCUGACGCUGCAUGCGUCAACAGUUGUUUGGUAGAGAAGAUGGGCCUUAUUAAACCCCCUGAACAAGAUUUAAACGUCCAGAAUGAACCCCUUCCACCGUUUCUUUAUUCACCUGGAGAGGAACAGUGCAUAGAUCCACAGAACAACGUAAAUGUUGAAGGUUUACCAGACAAAACUUGGACGAGCAACGGACACGGCGUAGUCAAUGGCACGACGGAUUAUGUAACCACUUCCAACAGUCCGGAUCUGAACGGAGAUUUUUCGACAAGUUCCUCCUCUGAUGUGCAAAGUCCUUGUGAUGACUAUGUGUUUACGGUAGGAAGCGUUGUCGAUGUGAAAGUGUCUUGCAUUGAAAGUUUGCAGAAGUUCUGGUGUCAAGCAACGAAAAACAGUGACUCUCUUGGACGCCUUAUGCAAGACCUGCAAACCCACUACGCAUCUGCCCAGCGUCAGCCACUUUUUGAGAGCGUCUGUGUCGCCCGCAAUCCGGACGAUGAUAUGUGGUACAGAGCAAAGAUAAUUUCAAGUCAGCACUCCUCUAUUGUGGUCGUGAGAUUUAUAGACUAUGGCCAUGUUCAUAAGGUCCCUCUGCAAGAUGUGCGCCCCAUUGAUCCGGCUUUCUUGCAGCUGAACGCACAGGCUUUUCAGUGCUGCUUAUUUAAUCUGAAGAAUCCCACUGAUUCUGCAUUAACAGAAUUUCAGAAGUUGGUUGAUGUAGGUCACUCAUCAGACGGUGGGUUGAAAUGUGUCGUAAAAGCUGUAACAUCUGACGAAGAAGGUCUUCUUCUCAAUGAGGUAGAUAUUGAAACGGCGUCCGACAGUGUAUGCAGGCUUCUGGCUGAGAAAUGUGCACAGCCUGAAGCUCAUGAGGGAAUUCCUCCGCAGGUCCUGCCAGAUGCAUAUAAUUACUCCACGUAUAAUAUUGAGGUGGGUGGAAAAGAAAAGGUGUGGGUAACCUCUUCGGAGUCCGUCAAUCACUUCUACUGCCAACUGCACAGAAAUUCUCCUCUGUUUGACAAAGUGACUGAAAAUGUUACGCAACUACUUGGCCAGCCGCGGGACUCUGAUCACCCGCUUGGACUUCACUGCAUUUGCCUCGCUAGGUACACUGAUAAUGAGUGGUACAGAGGUGAAGUGGUAGAAAUGUCCCCAAAAGUUAAAGUGCACUUUGUGGACUACGGGGACACCCUUGAAGUGAAUAAAAACGAUAUUCGCCCCGUUCCCCUUGAAGCAAGUACUGUCAGGUCUGUUUCUGUGCUGGCUAUCCCACUUGGAUUGUUCAGCGUCCCUGCAGAAGUACCACAGGAAGUAAACCAGUGGUUUGCAGAUCAUGCCAUUGGCCAAAGUUUUAGCAUUUCUGUUAUAGAAAAGUCUGAAAAGGGGAAGCUUAUUGUCGAACUCUUUGAAGGAUCCCUGAAUGUCAAUGUUAAAGUCAGGGAGAGGAUGGCAAAAAUGGGACGACACAAGAUGACUAGUCCCCUUCAGCAGCCUGACCGGCAGCUGUCUAAGAACUCCAAAGAGCCUAUGGUGCCAAAUGAGGACAGCUUAUCAAAAGAGCUCACAAAUGAGGAGAGAGAACUAAAUUCAGUCCACAGCGAAAAUGGAAUAUGCUCAAAAGAUGAGCUAGAAAUUAAUUCAAAAUCCACAACCGAUACUGGUCAUGUCCACAUUUUAGACGAAGGGAGAAAAAACACUUUGAAUGUUCUUGAACACAAAGAAAGUGUGGCGGAGGCUUUCAUACAAGGUAGCCACAGUGAUCCAAAAAUGACACAGCACCCCCUUCCUUCUUGCCUCGAGGGAAAUGUGAACAUUUGCAUGUACAGGAGAGCAAACAUUUCUCAGAACAAGACUAUAGAGGUGUACGCUUCCUGUAUUGUCGGGCCACAUUUCUUCUGGUGUCAGUACACCAACACCAAAGACCUGGAUGCAGUGUCAGAUCUUGCCCAGGAAGCAGGAUGGGCACCAGACGCAGUUAUCCCCGAGACACUGGCACCUGGCAGCCAAUGCCUCGCUCUCUUUUCCAGUGACAACCAGUGGUACAGAGCUCAAGUUUUAAAGAAAUCGGACAAAAAUGUCCAUGUUCUGUUUAUUGACUAUGGAAAUGAGUCUGAAGUUGACAUUGAAAAUGUCAAAUCACUGCCUCAGAGUCUGCUGGAGUUUGCUCCUCAGGCCUUUUUGUGCUCUCUGAACGGCUUCGAUGGGUCCAAGGGAUCCUGGGAUGACAAAGUUUAUGAUGACUUCUACAAUCUCUUGGUGGAUAAGCAACUCGAAGUGACUGUCUUCAAUGUGGAAAACAAUUUAGAGAUUGCAGUUCCUCAAUAUAAAGUGAACAUUGAGUGUGAUAAGGUGGACAUUAAUGGGCUGAUGCAGAAAUACUGGCAACCAGAGAAUGAUGUGGUGCAAACUGAAACUUUACCUCAAGACAUUAAAACCAAAGGAAAUGUAAAACACUUUGAUGCAUCUAAAGGAAACGGCAAUACUUUCAACUACAGGGAGCCAGAAAUUCUAACAAACAUGACAGAGACUGUGUAUGCCUCUUGUAUUGUGGAACCAAAUUUCUUCUGGUGUCAGUUCUCCGACACAGGGGAUCUAAGCACAGUGUCAAAGCUUGCUCAGGAGGCAGGACAGGCCCAGCAGGAUAUGACGUUCCCGGAGUCUCUUGGUCCUGGCAGUCCGUGCCUCGCUCUGUUUACCAGUGACAACCAGUGGUACAGAGCUCAGGUAAUAAGCAGUCUCGAUGGUGCAGUCAGUGUCGUGUUUAUCGACUACGGAAACGAGUCCAAAGUUGAGAUUGAAAACCUGAGACCACUUCCUCAGAGUCUGCAGGAGAAGGCUCCCCGGGCCUUUUUGUGCCGUCUAAAUGGAUUUGAUGAGUCCAAGGGCUCCUGGGAUGAAGAGGUUUAUGAUGUCUUCUACAAUCUUCUGGUUGAUAAACCCCUCAAAGCGACAGUGUUGAGCCUGGGGGACCAUUCGGAGAUUACAGUUCCUCAGUAUUCGGUGGAAAUUGAGUGCGAAGGAGAGGUUGUUAAUACAGCAAUGCAGAAAUACUGGAAACCAGUGAUGGAAGAAUGUGUCAUAAUAGAGGGCCCACAAACAGAAACCAUUCUCCGGGAUGGUGACACUGCAUCCAAUAUGACACACACCUGUGUUCUCAUAGAUGAUGUCAGCUCUUGCGUGUACAAAGAGCCAACAAUAUCCCAAAACAAGACAGAGACUGUGUAUGCCUCUUGUAUUGUGGAACCACAUUUCUUCUGGUGUCAGAUCAACAACACCGAGGAUCUGAGCACGGUGUCACAGCUUGCACAGGAAGCAGGACAGGCCCAGCAGGAUGUGACGUUCCUCGAGUCUCUUGGUCCUGGAAGUCCAUGCCUCGUUCAGUUUUCCAGUGACAACCAAUGGUAUCGAGCUCAAGUAAUAGGCAGAGGUGAUGGUAAGGUGUGCGUCGUGUUUAUUGACUAUGGAAAUGAGUCUGAGGUCGACAUCAAGAAUGUGAGGCCACUUCCUCAGAGCCUGCAGAAGAAGGCUCCCCUGGCCUUCUUGUGCUGUUUGGGUGGAUUCGAUGAGUCCAAGGGCUCUUGGGCUGAUGACGUUUACGAUGACUUCUACAAUCUUCUGGUUGACAAACCCCUCAAAGUGACGGUCUUGAGCACGGGAGAACAUCCGGAGCUCGCUGUUCCACGGUAUGCAGUUGAAAUAGAGUGCGAAGGAACCCUUGUGAAUUCACUGAUGGAGAAAUACUGGAAAGGAGUGGACACGGAUGCUGACUUGGCAGAAAGUUUCGAAUCAGUGGACCUGAAUGAAACCAGGACCAUAAACAAGAGUGUUGAGAUUGAAAAUCAUCCAACGGCUGCAAAUGAAUGGUCUGAACCCAGAUAAAUGACCCUGUUGUGAUGCAUCGGUCUUAAUUUUUUUUGUUGUUGUUGUUUGCCUUGGAUUUUAUACUAAGUCAAUAAAUAAGCUUUUUGUGAAGUUAA